AUGGAGCUUCCCAGUGGGAAGAGCACAGCUCUCAACAGCUCCAAAAAGGCUAUCCUACCAAUGCUAAUCCUAAUUCUUCUCACCACAAUCCCUCUCUAUCUAUAUAACAACUCACCCUUCAUUACACAGUCAGUAGAGAUUAAGAUCAAUAGCUCAGUCCCUCUCUUUCAGGAAAACAAUUUGUCCCUGGCUUUGCAUUCUCCCCAGAAUCCAACCAAUGAUUCAACAAAUGUUAAGUUGGAUCAGAAGUGUCACAUAUUUAAUGGAAACUGGGUUCCAUAUCCCAAGGAACCUUACUACACAAAUGAGACUAAAUGUGUGAUUGAUGAUUUACAAAACUGCAUGAAGUUUGGGAAACCAGACACAGAAUUUAUGAAAUGGAGGUGGAAACCAGAUGAAUGUGAGUUACCUCUCUUCAACAAAGUUCAGUUUUUGGAGCUUGUUAGAGGUAAGACUUUGGCCUUUGUUGGGGACUCAGUGCGAAGAAACCAAAUGCAAUCAUUGACAUGCCUCUUGGCUAGUGCAGCCUAUCCAGUAGAUGUUUCUGAAGUGCAAGAUACAAAAUUCAGACGUUGGCUCUACACUGACUACGACUUUACUAUGAAAGCACUUUGGUCCCCACUCUUGGUUAGAACCUGUGACGCUGACCCCAAUGGAUAUUCCCUCAAUAGCCGCAUGAACCUAUACUUAGAUGAGACUGAUGAAGAAACAAAUAUGCAGAAAUUUUGGGCUCAACUCAAAUAA